AGUAUGAGCUUGACCGCCGAGCGUCGAGUGAACUUAAGGCUUGAGAUCCCACCAGAAGCGUCAAACAGUUUUUGCAACCUAGAGCACAAGCUGGGGCAGGAUACGACUACCAGGAUUUUGACGGCGAGAGAGCGAAGAAUUUCCAUGUUUACAAGGAUUCUAGAGCCUUCACUCACAGAGCCAUUUUACUUUCUGUACUUCACAGCAAAGGAUGACACGAUUACGCGCGAAGACGCAGCCAGCGAUUUUAGAAAGUUUCUUCUUCAUGUCAAUAAGAUGAAGCCGUUACCAAAAUUUAUCGCGAUGUGUGGAGGCUUGACUGACAGUCAGCAAGAGACAGAUCAGAGAAUUCCGAGGGCGAAACUACGGCUGGAAGCUGCUUUAGACUGCCUCGAGUCUCAGGUCAAGGUCCUUUACGUGGCAGCAUCCGGAGAUUUCAAAGGAAGGCUAGAUACGGAAGAUGUUGAUAUAUACAAACGAAGUUUUGGAGACGACUGGUACGGAUUCUGGGUGUGUGGAGUGGCUUUCCUUGUUUUGAAUACAGUUUAUUAUCGUGAUGAUCUCGACAAUGGCUCGAUAAUGCAACGAGAAGAACAAAAUGAUUGGAUUGACUCAGAAUUACUGCAGCAACAGAUAUUUCAAGCAAAGCGGACGAUUAUUCUUCAAGACUGUGCACCAUGCCGGGGUAGGGUCGACAAAGAAGAAAAUGAACAAACGGAUUAUGAGCGAUGGCUUAACAAAUUUGAAAGAAGCGGUGUGACCCACUUGCUGUGCAGGGAAAGAUAUGAUCGAAGAGAGGAUGAUGCUGCUAACCACCACAUACAUAUCUUGCCGAACGAAGUAAACCAAAAGAGCAACUGGUUUGUACGUCUUGUUAAAGUCACAUCUGAUGACGUCUUUCACACAUUGUACGCUGCCAAUGAACUACCAGAGCUAGUUUACAUUUAAGGCCCGUAUUUAGACGGCUAUGACUUCAAUUUUUUAAAGGGGGGUUGUUUCUUGUAAGGGAAUAUAUUAUACGUAAGUGACAUUGUUUUGCAGGAUUAAACAGAUAUACACGUUUUAUGGGUUCUUCAACCUUGCUUUUUAUAUGGUUGGUGUAUUUUAUUAUAUUUUAUUAAAAGUUUGCGGUGCUCA